UGUCGUACAACGAUGAAUACACGUUACAGCUACGGUAAGCUGUCCCAAACUUCUUCCAUGUCAUCUCGAGACCCCGCCCAGACGUCGGGCCCCCGUUCCGUCACCGAACACGGCCUACCGCAGGGCAAGUCCCUGAUCCGCCAGGAGACGAAAACAUCGUGGACUGUGUGGGUGCGUGCGUUGUCGAAAAUGAGGUUGAGGCAUCCAUCGUCAGCGAAGAACCGUCGUCGGUGAGGGCAGCUCCAGUGAGUGCAGGACAUGGUGCGGAUGUCGUCGAACGAGAAACCUCGGUCUUCGUACUUUCUCCUUGCGGUGAGUGC